AUGAUCGCAGACGACGAGUACUCUUCAACCUCAAGGGCACAGAGGAUCAACAGGCUGAUAAACCCCACCCACUAUGAUCCAGCAUUCAAAUUUGGCACGAUCCCAUUUGGCAGCACAGAAGAAAACAUAAAGGCCAAUCAACCGUAUAUGUACAGAUAUAUGCAGCAGUAUAACACAGACACUCUCGCCGCCGGAGUGAAGCAGGUGAAGGAAGGGAAACUUCACGCGUUCGUGUAUGAUGCGAUGGCACUGCAGUACCUUGUGGGGCAGGACAACGACUGCAGGCUGCUGCAGGUCGGGAGCUGGUUCGCGAUGACAGGGUAUGGUAUAGCCUUCCCGAAGAACUCCAAGUUCAUAAAGAAGAUCAACAGACAAGUGCUCGCCUACAGGGAGUCAGGCAUGCUGGAGCGGUUACAGCGGUUCUGGUUCAUGGGCGACUGUAAAAGGCAGGACCAGGAGAAGGAGGUGUCCACCGAGAAUUUCCACUAA